AAGGGGCGGGGUAUCCGUCUGCGGUCGGCGAAGCGCACUGUACGAGAAGGUGGAGCACAGUCGAGCAGAGACAUCAGCGACAACCUACUGUACAAACUGAUCUAAAAAGAGACAGAAAAGGACCAUGGACCUGAGCUUGCACGACGCUCUGAGGGAUGGAGGGUCCCAGUCGGCUGCUGACGGUUUGCUGAAGAGAGACUUCAUGUCCUCCCUGGAGAAGGAGAGCUACGACGACAAGGUGGGCGAGACGGUGGCCAAGACUGACUAUCGCCCCCUGGUGGACGGCAAGGACAGCAAACAGGGUUCUGGUCUGAUGAUGUCAGCAGGCCAGACGGGCAUGCUGCGCCAGGAGCCCCAGGGAGAGAAACGGCCGUUUCCACCUGGCCAGUCUGCCUUCAGCUCAGACUACAUGUCAGGUCCAGUCUCUAUGAUGGGCAUGUCAGACCAGUGGGGGAACCAAAACAAGAUGAAGGACAGCAACAUGCCUGAGUCUCUCUUAGGUUUCUCCCAGCCGGGGAUGAUGAUGAACAUGAACUUGGGAGGAGGAGGCAUGUCUCCCUUCCAGACAGGCCUGUCCUCCGGCAUGGCCGACACCCAGAAGACCUCCCCUCCGUUCGGGUCUGAGCCCCCCAAACAGACCCCAGCGGCCCCCGCUUUCAAAUCAAGCGACCCUUUCCCCUCUGGCCCCACCCACAACCCCUUGGAUCAAUUCUCAGAGGGGUGCCCCCCAUCGCAGUGGGCAGGUGAGUCCAGGCCCCAGGCCCCCCCAGCGCCCCCACUCUCCCCCGGAGACUCCGUGGAUGAGAGCCCCCCCUCCUCCACCUCUGAGCCCCUCAGUCCCUCUGGGGGGUCUGUUGAAGAGAAGGGGGGUGGGGGGAAGCAGCAGAAGAGGAAGAAGAAGAAGAGGAGGCCCCGGGACGAGGUCUACAACUUCCUGGACAGACAGGAAGCCCAGGGGGACGGCCAAUCUGAGAGCGCUGCCUCUGACAACGCCGCCCUCAGCCCCGCUUCCUCGCCGCAAGAGGAGGAGCCCUGGGAGUGGGAGAUCCGAGGGAGGGGGGGCGGUGGCGGGGGGAGGGUGAAGGGCAGGAAGAAUAAGAGCAGGAUGAAGCUGCCUGAGGAGUGGGGGGCGCCCCAGGAGCCUGCAUCUCCUACCCCAGCCUCAGUGGCCCCUGGUUGGGCAACGGCUACUGACACUGGCCCUGUGGCAGCUUCGGCCCUGGAGGACAGCCUUUCUAGCCAAGAUGACCCCCAGACUGGCCCCUUUAGUCUCACUGACUGUAAACCCAAUGCUGCCCACCAGAUAGAUUCUUCCCACACCCUCUUGGGAAAUUCCGACAGCCUUAGCCUCAGCCCUGGCAUGCCCUCUGCCAUGUCUAAUCCCAUCAAGCCUGACCAGGGUCCCACUGAACACACCCCCUCCUCCCCACGCCCUUACGAGCCCAUGUGUCUGGAUGACUUCCCCAUGUCCUCUGCUGUAUCUAAGGCGGCUCCGCAGCGCCAGGGCCUGGCUGGGACCCUGGCUGACCAUGGCCAAGAGACUGGGAAGGAGCAGGCUGCCCCAGGCUCACCAUGCCUCAGCCCAGUCUCUCAGACCUUCUCUUUCCUGGACUCUGUCCUCCAGACCACCCCUGCCACCACCCCUAUCUCCCAGGCAACGCCCCUCGUGAACCUCUCCACCCCAGCCCCCCUCUCCCAGACCUCCGCACACCCCACCCAGACCUCCUCACCCUUCGACCCCGUUUCCCCAACCCUGCAACACUCCUCUUCUGCAAACCUGACUUCAUCCUUGUUAAGCUCCACCCGCUUGCCUGACACGUCCCUCCCCGCUACAGCCAGCUUCGGCCUGAACCCUGCGGCCCCGCCCUUUAUCCCUUCAGCUCCGCCCUCUCUCUCUGCGGCCACCACCUCUAUCCCUGCAGCCCCUCCCUCUCCCUCUCCCCCUGCCCUCACAGAGCACCAGGAUCCCAGGGCGCCACAGCUCCCCCCACUGGAAGUGAAAGCCGAUAACAAGGAGAAAAUGGAGAAGGCAGACCUCUUCCCCAAGGUGGACAAGACUGAGAGCAAGACUGAGAGCAAGACUGAGAACAAGACUGAGAGCAAGACUGAGAGCAAGACUCACAUCAAGACUGAGAACAAGCAGGACAAGCAAGAGAAAAUGGACCACCUCGACAAGAAAGAGAAAGAAGAUCCACUCAAGAAGGUUGACAGCUCCGACCAGACCCAGAAGUCCCAGAGCAUCCUCAAGGAGGAGAAGUUCGACAAAGCUGAGAAAGCUGAGAAAGUGGACAAGCCAGAGAAGACCGACAAGGACGAGAAGAUGGAGAAAAAGGAGCAGGCAGAGAAAGUAACAGACAAGACGGGGAAAGCUGAGAAGGAGGAGAAGGCUGGCAAAGGGACAGCUAAAUCCCCAACCACCAACGGGAGCAAACACCUGGCCAGUCCCGACAGUAAGACCAAGCCUGCUGCAGGGUCAACCAAGCCAAACUCAGCCAAAACACGGCCCACCUCCCUGUCCACUGACGAAGCGGCCAAUAAAAAAACCCCAGUUAACAAGGCACCCACUCCCACGGCUGGGGCCAAGCGGCCUACCAGCCGAACCCCCACAAGCUCCACCCCCAGGGACACCAAGUCCAAGACAGAGAACGGCACAGCCGAACGCCGUCCCCCUGUGCCAAAGGCCACACCCUCCGCCAGAGCAUCAACCAAUAAGAAUGGCUCACCGGCUAAUAAGACUGAGAACAAGACAGGGGAAGCUAAGAAACCUAGCACACCCAAGCCUGCAUCAGCCACUCGCCCACGGGCCCCCCGCACCCCCGCAGCCCCUCCCACCCCCCCUGUCACUAACGGGGAGGCCAAGGAGCCCCGCAGGCGCAUCACCAAGCCCCCCGUGCCCAAACAGACCGUCCCAGAGAAGAAGCCCCCCGUCCCCCGCGCCCCCAGAACCAACCGCCCUCUCAAUGCACCCACCCCGGACCUGAAGAAUGUGCGUUCCAAGAUCGGCUCCACAGACAACAUGAAGUACCAGCCUGGAGGAGGAAGGGUCUCCUCCAGCCAGGGAAAGACUGAUGCCAAACAGACCGGCCAGGCCAAAGUUCAGAUAGUCCACAAAAAACUGGACUUCAGCCACAUCACCUCGCGCUGCGGCUCCAAAGACAAUAUCAAGCAUGUCCCUGGAGGAGGCAACGUCCAGAUCCUGAGUAAGAAAGUGGAUCUUAGCAAGGUGACUUCCAAGUGUGGCUCCAAGGAUAACAUCAAGCACAAGCCAGGAGGUGGCGAUGUGAAAAUCGAGUCCAACAAGGUGAACACCAAGGCCAAGUCCAAGAUUGGCUCUUUGGAGAACGUUGGUGAAGAGAUAGGAAAUGGAGACAACAAGGCUGAGGAGGUGCGGGAGAAAGCCAUGGGGAAAACAUCCCCUCCUGGUGGUGCUCCAGCUGCACCUCCAGGAAGCAUGACUAAGGAGAACGGCCUGAAGCAGGCUACACCCACUCCUUUUGGUGGGGAGGGGCUGAGGGACACCCUGGGUAUGGACAAACGCAUCCCCGAGACAAAUUGAGUCUCCCUGUCUGAGCUUUGGCCAGAAUGCACAGGCUCGCUUCCACCCACGGCGCAGACAUCAUCUCCCUGCCAACCCCUCACCCCCAUCGCAGCACCUCUCUCAGUGUUACUCUGGGGUCCGCCAGCCUCCUCUCCCAGCCCACCAGACCCCCGUGCCCCCCCCCCCCCAACCCAGUCCCUCCUACUCCCCCAAACCCGGCCAAGGGGCAGCCGCGAGGCAAACUACUGGAUGCUAGCAGAACGAGGACUCAAGCACAUUCCAGCUCCCAGAUCCUGCUUUUUACCUCAACCAUACACAGUAUCUCUUCUCACCACUCUCUCUCCCUCGUGGUAUCUCUCUGUCCUAGUCUCUCCAGCUUAGUAGUGAGUGUAGAACCCACCCUGAGAGAGCAGCCACAGGUGUCUCCUGUGGUGGUGUUCAGUGUGGUUCUGGCCUUCCCUGGAUGGCCCUGGCUAAAUGUUGCAGUGAUGAGUGGAGUAGAUGGCCUCGGAGUGAACCCACUAGCAUAGACGCUCACUGACAUGUCAGCGCAGAGACAAGGGAAUCCCUGCCUGCCUUAGUUUCUAGCCUCAGCACUUACCACAACUGUGUAUAUUCAAUGACUACAUCCACCACACUCACAGUUUGUCACCGUACUGUAAUGUCUAGCUCACCACAGACUCACAGCCAGCCAAUGCUAUCUAAGUAACUGUUCUAGCCCUACUGGUAAAGAUCUGCCCUACCUAUCCCUUCUAAUGAGCGUAGUAACACUGUCCCUAUGGGGACCCCAGAGGUUUCCUGAGAUGUAGUGUAAACGGUCCAUGAUACUGUAUAUGGCUAUUAGAGAUGCACCCCUCCUUGUGAGCAUGUGGGACUUUCAUGUGAUCCCAAUGACAGGGGCUACGAAGCCACGCCCCUGUACUCCUAGCCAAUAAUAUGUUAUGUCUAGAUCCCCUCUGUAAACUCGUGACCCUACCCCCCCCACCCCCUAACCCCCCAACACCACCCCCAGCACACACACCGAAACAGCACUCACAACAAUAUGAACCUUGUAGGCUGUUUAACCGGUAGAAUAUUUAACAUCUCUCUCUUAAAGAAAAAAUGAAAAAAAACUCUGUAUUGUGUUUUACGUAAUUUAUUGUAUAACAAUGGGCUGUGUCGUUAUAUUGUUCCAUCGUCAAUAUACCCUUUCCCUCUUAAUGUUUCACGUCUCUCAGAGAGCAAUACAGCCGUCCUCGCUGAGGGUUCAAGAUUCUUUGCUACAUUCAUUACAGUCUGGUACAGUCACAGACAGAGACAAAGCGAGAGAGAGAGAGAGAGAGAGAGAGAGAGAGAGAGAGAGAGAGAGAGAGAGAGAGAGAGAGAGAGAGAGAGAUGAACCUCCAUGGUUACUAGACUGAGACUGGAUGCCUAGAACUGGCAGAAAUCAGAGUAAGGCAAGGCCUCCUCUUGGUUGAUUAGUGUGGCUGGGAUAUCCCCGUAGUAAUGACCUAUUCCUAUAUUCCGAGAGUGAUCAAGACUGUAAAAUUUGACCAAACUUUGCGAAAAGUUAUAUGCAAGAAUAACUAAUGUGUGGUAAAGGAUUCGAAUACAAUAGAGAGACAAAUUAAGGUUUUAAAUUGAUUCACAGUUCAAAAAUGGGAGUCUUAAUGUAACACGGGAACUUUUGUAGCUGUCUUAACUACUGAGCUGUCUUAAAUAGGAUGCAAUUCAACUGGCUGCUAAACAUUUUUCCCAACAUUUAUGUUGACAGUAUUAUGCCAGGAUAGGGCACCACUGAUUAAGCAAACAUUCUGUUCUAUUUAACCAAUGAGUUAUAAGUCAUCCUCACUAACUAGCUUUAGGUUUUCUGACACAGAAGCAGGGUAGUUCAAACUGGAUUUUGAAUGACAGGGUGUACAGUAAUAUGUGUGUGUGAGUGGACAACAGUGUCACGGAUUGAUGAUGCAAUGGUCUCACAAUAAGCCGAAAGGCCCAAAGCCCAUGUUGAGCUCUGAUCACUCCUGCUGUUAAGCAUGUUACGAGGCACCCGGUUGCCUUUGAAGCACUGAAAGUUCGGCUCAUGAAGAGGAAGACUUUCCAGCCAGUGGGCUAUGAAAAACAAUACAGCAUGCUAUGGUGGAGCUGUGGUAUUACUGCCUACCCAGAGCAGGAAGUGAAGCACGCCCUGGCUCUCUGCUGUCCAACUCUGAUACAUGUGCUGGUGGCUGUGUAGUUGCACACUGUGAUGAUAGAAUGCUGUAUAAUUGAUAGAAUAAUAUUAAGCCCAACGAUGUGCAGUGACAGAAAGAGUGAGUGAUGGUAACUCUGUUUUGUAUCCAUUUCUCACAACGCAAUAGUGAUCCUCUAUGGCACUCCUAGAUAAUGAAUUAGCAAGUGAUGGACAUGUCAAGAAUAAAACCAAGCACCUUAUGAGGAUAUUGUGCCCGAAACACCCCCUUUUGCCCCCAUCCCUCCACCCCCGUCUCCAGUAAUAAACCCAGAAGGGAGCGAUGAAAGUAGAAGAUUUAAGCACUUUGAACGCCCCGCUUUGUUUAUAUGGAGUAUUGGUGAUCAAACCCUUGAAGUGAACUGUCGGUGUGAUUGGACGAUCAGAUCUGUUCUUCUUGGUGGCUUCUUCUUUUUGGUCAUGUUUGUAGUCGGUGAUGGUAUAGAGCUUGCUUGAGUUUGGUGGUCAACUGUCGUGUUUGAUGGUCAACUCACUUGCAGUCAGCUCUCCGUGUACCUGUUUGGAGUCACUUUGGUUAAUAUACUGCUCAUCCCCUCCAGCAUUUCCCAACUACCUGGACACACUUCACCAUCCCCUACCCGCACCUGCCUCUAGUCUCCAUACAGUCAAUUGUAAAUAGACACCUCACAUGUUUUUAUCUCAAAAAGAUAUUAAAAAAACGUUGCUGUCAGGGUUUUGUGGAUUUGAGAGCAGCUUUCACAUUCAUGAGCCCAUUAACGGAGGGUAUUUGUUUCUUUUCGGAGUCUGCCUUUUUUUUAAAGGGCUGAAGUACAAGAAUGUUUUUAAAAUGUAAUGUAUUAAAGAUGCAAGAUUAUGAACAUAUGUAUGAAGAUUUUGUUCAGUUUUAGAGACCACGUUAAGAAACGACGUAUUAAAUCCAAUGGGACUGACUAUGAGGUGUGUCAAGUCCUGUAUGGGGACUGCGGACAAGACUAAGAAUAGUCCGGAUUCAGAGAUGGUCGGUCUAAGAAAGCACUCUCUAGUUAGACUAUAAACUUUACAAAACUAAACUGCUUGACAAAACUAAAACACUGAUAAUGGUUGCAUACACUACAGUAUACCGUUUUUUAUUAAAUAUGUAUCACGUUAUUGGUCAGCAGAGUGGCUAUGAACAGAAACAGGACCCAGGAAUUGCGAGGUCAAAGGUCAAAAGUUGUGCUUUCACAUGCGGCACCUGACACACCGCCCCUAAAUGUGGUGUAGACAUCCCUGCCUUCCUACCAUUUGAGACUAACAGCAUCUGUCUUUUGGCAUGUGGUGUACAGUAGUGCUCCUACACAGCAACUAGGAGCCUGUGGCUGUGUCUCUCCUCAUGCAGAGGCCUGUCUGCAGUAAUGUGUAUUCCAUAAGGCACACCAUAAGAGCAUGUAGGAGACAAUGGAUCGUAGAGACAUCUGUCAUAGAUAGAAUUCAUUGUUUUUCCCCCAUUUGAAUUGAGAUGUAAUGAAUAUUUGGUAUGAAAGAGAUGUUCUUUGUGAUUAAUUGUUAACUAGUGAUGUGAAUAUUAAUCCUGAAAUAAAACGAAAAUCCAAACAUA